UUCCCUUUCUCUACCCGCAAAACCCCAUCAGUCUGCUGCGGCCAUAGCGAACUGUAGGGUAGCUUCGCCUUAGAUGGCGCUCGCUAGGGUUUCUCCCCCCGCGUUCUCCUCCCCCUUCCUGAUCCAUUCCUUACUGCGCCCCUUCUCUUCGCCCUCCUCCGUCUUGCGCCCUCGCGUGACUCGCGUCCCCCACCACCGAGGCUUCGCCAUCGCCGCCGCCUUAUCUCAGGCCUCUCCGCUUCCCUCUGCGGACGGGGAUGGGGCGGUGAUGGAGGCGCCGCCGCGGCCGAGCUCCAGGCGCCCAUGGAAGCCCACGUGCCUGUACUACACCCAGGGGAAAUGCACCAUGCUCACAGGCCAUGGCUACAAUCUCUCAAAUGCUGUCUACAAAUUGAAUGAUACUUUGCAUCUUGAGAAAUUCAAUCACAAUCUGCCAACAGACCUUCCAGUGAAUUAUUCAGCUGCAGAUAAAGUGAAAUCUCAGAAAUUGGAUUACUUUUUGGUCCUUGAUUUGGAAGGUAAGGUUGAAAUUCUUGAAUUCCCAGUUGUAAUGAUUGAUGCCCAAAGCAUGGAGUUCGUCGAUUCAUUUCACAGGUUUGUACACCCUACUGCGAUGAGUGAGCAAAGAAUAAGAGAAUAUAUUGAAGGGAAAUAUGGGAAAUUUGGAGUUGACCGUGUAUGGCAUGAUACUGCUAUACCUUUCAUGGAAGUACUUCAAGAGUUUGAAGACUGGAUCGAACAUCACAAAUUUUGGAAAAAGGAGCAAGGAGGAGCACUCAACAGUGCAGCAUUCAUCACUUGUGGGAAUUGGGAUCUGAAGACAAAGGUACCUGAACAGUGCAGGGUUUCAAAAAUUAAGUUACCUUCUUACUUUAUGGAGUGGAUCAAUUUGAAGGAUAUCUAUCUCAACUUCUAUAACAGAAGGGCUACCGGAAUGAUGACAAUGAUGAGGGAGCUACAAAUGCCAAUCGUCGGAAGCCAUCAUCUCGGUAUAGAUGAUGCAAAAAAUAUAGCAAGGGUUGUUCAGCGUAUGCUAGCUGAUGGUGCUGUAAUGCAAAUUACUGCAAAGAGGCAAUCAGCUACUGGCGAUGUGAAAUUUCUUUUCAAGAAUCGGAUCAGGUAAAAGGAGCAUUAUGGGAUGUAAUUAUUUACACACAGCAGCUAGAAGAUGAGAAGAUGCCCUCCGGUGAAAUGAAACAAUAGUUUGGCCCUAGUAACCGCUUGGGAGUUGGGACCAGAGAAGUGUUGGACUGCUGAUGGUUCAUGUUGGGUCAAGGCGUCAAAGGCAAGAGAAUGAAGCUCCCAAAUUCCAAGGUUCUGCAAAUGCCUUUCCACGGGAGAGAUGCCAGUAGCCCAGUAUACCAGAGGCCUUGUUGCCCAAAAAGGAACCGCAAAGAAGUGUAGGAGCUCACAUGCGGUGGUCUGGUAAAUCUGACCCUGUUUUGCUUUUGGCACUGACAGUAAUACGCGUACACCCGAAUGGCCGAAUAUGUGCUUUGUCCUAUACUCCACGUACUUCAUCUAUCUUACAUUAUAAGAUGUUUUGUUUUGAAUAGAUUCAUACAUGAUCUAUGUAUGUCCCUUUAUAUAUAUGUGUUUAAAUUUAAUAGAUGUUAGUGAGGGACGGAGAGAAACAUCUUAUCAAUUAUAAUGUGGAACGGUGUACUUGAGUUUUUUGCCUGAGCUGAAAUGUUUUAGAAUUGUUUCAUUUGUUAAA